AUGGAAACUGAGGCGCACAGCCCCUCGGAACGCGUUGUCCUCCGGGUAGGGGAAUCUCAGUACUUUACAACAGUUGGAACAUUGGUAGAAAAAAGCCAAUACUUCAAGUCCUACUUUUCCGGCGCGUGGCCGAUCGAGAAGGAGGAGGAUGGAUCCAUAUUCAUCGAAGGUGACCCGCAUGCUUUUGAUUAUGUUAUGCAAUAUCUUCGACGGGGAACAUUCCCCCUUGCCUUCGACGUUCAGAGGGGGCACAAUUAUUCUAUGUACUCCAGGGUACUGGAAGAAGCUAAAUAUUUUCAGUGUCCGCUGCUUGUUGCGUGGUUGGAGGACGCGUGCUACAACAAAUGUGUUACCUGGCGAGUAAAAACUACUAUCCAGGAGGCCACCGAACUAGCCUCGAGCGGGAACGGCAGUACGAGGGAUCCGAAGUUCAGCCCGUACUCCAAAUGUGCAGAAAAGGUCUAUGAGUGCCCUCGGGGAAUACUCGGGCACCGCGGGGGGGAGGCGUGUGGCAGGAAAUGUCGAAAGGCCCAAGGAAAUGACCCGCGAGAAUUUGACACCGAAAGUACCAUCGAGAAAUGGAUAGUGGCUAGAACGGAGUAUCUUCCCCAUCUUGGAUGGAUGACGGACUCUGGGUACUUUUCCCAUUCCAGCUUAUCAACCUAA